UUUUUUAAUUUUCAAUGAGGAAAGGAAAGGAAAGCAAAGAUUCAAUUUCAUUUCAUCAUAUUUUGUCAAUUUUUGAUUAGGAUUCGAUUAGGAAUUCUGAUGAAAUAUUCUAUCUAUAUUGAGCCUUAAAUACUAAACUUUAUAAAUAAUAAUUAAUUAAAAAUCAAACUGCACUAAACUCCAAAUACACGAUGUUCCGACCAGUGUGCACGAUCGGCCAAAGAAUCUCAUUUGAGAGGAAAAGUAGAGAAUUUAUCAGGAAUAAAGUGGUUCGACCUGCUUCAUUCUUGAAUGCUGCCGAAAAAUUGAAGCUAUUUAACAAGGAGAAUAAGGAAUUAUUUGGGCCAUUAUUAGAGACGAGCAAACAGAAGAAACAGCGAUCACGGAAGGCGGCUAAAAAUAGGACAUCACAUCAAAACAACGACACGACUGCUUCAAACGAAAAUAAAUUGAAAUUCUUAGAAAGUACAGAGAGAAAUGGUAGACAGAGUCAGACAUUGACUGGUUAUGUGAAGUAUAAUCCUGUGUUGGCGGUGAAUGUGUUGAAAACGAAAAUGUGGCAGAAUACAAGGCACUGUGUGAACUUUGUUGGUGUAGUCUUGAGUAAUACUGUGAGAGGUGUAGCUACCUCUGCAUCUUGUAAUGCAGCCCGUAGCUCCCCAGCCCAGCCUGGCUAUGCAAGUGAGGACAAAAUCCUUCAAAUAAAACCACACAAGAAUGAUUACGCUCAGCAGUAUCCUUCUGUGACCCUGAUCUUGAACAAGACUAUGACAGACGAGUCUAGGUCUGCAUUGGAGAAAUGGAAACAGGAACGGAUUGCUGAGAUGGGACAGGAGGAGUUCAAUAAAUUCUAUGCAGCGCAAAUGGCAGUUGGUACCAAAUUCCACAGCACCUUGAAGAACUACUUCACACAGCCACAAACUCAGCUUCGCAUAGAAAAGGAGGUUGAAGGCGUUUGGGUGUCUGUAGCUGAUGUAUUGAAACACAUUUCAUCACCAAAAGCGAUAGAAUCAAAUGUCAUACACCCUGUAUUGAAGUACAGGGGGAUCUUUGAUGCAAUUGCUGAUUAUGAGGAAAAACCAACUCUAAUCGAAUGGAAGAAAUCGGACAAGCCUCGCAAAUCGAUAGCGAAUACUUACGACAACCCUGUCCAACUAGCUGCUUACUACGGCGCAGUGUGCCACGACUUGAACUACAAACAUUUAAAUGUACGAGAUGCACUUUUAGUCAUAGCAUACACUGAUGGAUCUAAAGCUGAUGUAUUCCACCUCUCUUCUGAUAAACUAAGGGAGCACUGGGCACAAUGGCUCAUUAGAUUAGAGGAAUACACAAAGAAGUACGGUAAUGAUUCUGAGAAACUGUUAAAAGGUGGUAAAAGAUUGUUUGAGGAAGAUAUCGGGAAUCUCCAGUAAGUUACGUGGAGCCACAUAAAGGGUCGAGAUGAUAGAAAAUGGAUAACAUAAAAUGUUAAGUUUUGGUAAUUAAUACACCCGCCUUAUUCACGUGUUGUUUCCUACACAUUAUUAUAAAGGCAUUAGUUAAGAAACCAAGUGCAAGGCUUCAAUUCACUGUCUAUAUAAUGUUACCAUACACUUGGACGUAGUAAAAAGAUUGUUUGUAAAGUAUUUGUUAUGAAGGCUGUGUAUGGAAACUGAUUUCAAACUUUUGAUACCUUUUUGACAUACUAGGGUAAUUUGAGUACAAUGUCUGUUCAUCUUCUACGCAUAAAACAACACAGUUGCGUUAAGUGGACAAUGUAGGUCUUCUCUGCAAAUAAAUCAGCAUCAACAGCUUGCUAACAAUACGCCAAUAAUUUGAUUUGCUUCAAUCAGUAUCGAUUGUUCGUUCUUUGUCACACCCAUCUUUAUUCCUAAACAAUAAGGUUCAUUUUUCAACUGUCACUUAGCUCCAUAUCAAAUAAUUUUCAGAACAAAAAGGUAACGGACUUAAAAUAGAGCAAUGUACGGAGAUGUUACAAAUAUUCUGGCCCAUUUGGUUUGUUCAUGUGACAUAGUUGGCGAAAUGCCUAUUUCUACCGAAGCUGUGAAGAAUGAUGGGUCAAGGAUUUAUGACAUGUCUUCGAGUGUGACAUUAUUUUGUUAUACUAGAAAUAUUACAUUAAUUUGUAUGUACAAUGAUAUGUGAUACGAUUUUUUCUAUUAUAUUCUAUGGCAGAGCCAUAGUUAGGCAUAUGGGCCGUCUCUGCUGGAGUUAUAUUACGGCCUCUUAGAAAAUUGACGUGAAAGAACGCGUCUGUGUGAGUGAGAUUACUCCUAAAAGGCCGACAAUUCACUUGUAACUCCUUUGAUUUUGGCCGUCCAUGGGCCGUUCAUUGCUUACUUUGAGGUGGUACGACUAACUGAUUUGUCACCAUAAUCCAUAAAAAAUGUAAAGAAUGGUUAUUGAAGAAACUUACAGGUAUUAAUAGUUUGAAAUCAGUAGGAUGAGAGUAUGUAUGUAUAAUAAAAGACUGGAUAAUGUUGAAUGAUCAUCAAAUUGUUGUCAAUCGGCUAUUCUUAGUAGCCUCUGAACAUUGAUUGUCGAUUUUAGGUUAGCAAUUAAACAUGGAGAAGGUUAUUUUGUUGAUAAAAGAUGUUUUUAUGGGUAUCUAUACUAAGCAACAAUUUAAUAAUGGAAUGUAGCUUCUGUAUGUUUAUUGCUAUAAUUUAGUCGCUAUAUAUCUCAUAACAAUAUCCAUUUAAAUGUAACUAUCACUAUUUAAUUAGUAUACACGCGAAAAUUAUAGUUACUACUUGAUUUUUCAUAUGUUUAUAUGUAGUUCCACAAAGUAUGUAAGAUGUCAUUAACUUCAUUUAUUCACAAUAACAUGUUAUGUAUAGGUAUUUAACGUAAAUUAUCCUAUUAUGUUAUUUUAAUGGAUAUAUAUGUGUUAAACACUGAUUAAUUGGUUUUGGAACUAAUUGACAACAGCUGAAUCGGAUGAGCUGUUAUGAUUUCAUGGUACUGCAUCAUUUUGCGUUGGCAAUUAAUUCCUGUCGCUUAUUUCGAGAUGAAAGAUUUGAUAUAAUGUUACCAUUAUAAAUGCAGUUUUCAAUAAGUUCGAAAUACCUAUUAGGAAUAAAAUAACUAUAGUUGAGCCAUUAUCAACGUGUGAUCUGUAAUUAGUCAUUUUUAUCAGAUUUCUCGCUAACACUUAUGCAAGUUGUGCGGGAUAGUCACAUUAUUUUGAUGUAACAGUUCGCACAUUUGUAAUAGUCCAACUAUAGUAAGUUAGCUUAAAUCAUCCAGGAACUUAAAUAACAGUAUAUUUAUAAACUGUUGUAAACUAAUUUGCACUCUUUAUACUUAUCUAAAAGAUGUAAUUUUCCUUGUAGAAUUUCUACUAAAUCUGUAACAGUAGAAUAUUGUCCUUAGUUGCCAAAAAUUGAGUUACUACUAGUCCAUUACUGGUAUAAAUUGUGUUCAAUUUACUAAAGAUUAUAUGUUGAGGUUUUCUUUUCUCUUGAAUGUUCAUCUCCUAACUUGAACACUGCAAUGUAUCUUUGCCUAUAUGCAGAAUAGUUAUCUUUAGAAGUAUUUUACAGAAGUUUUUGAGUUUAUUUACUUUUGUUUUUGUUAGGGAUUGCACUCGCCAUGUGUAUUUUUGAUAGAUAAAAUUCUCUCAUUGAGCUGGAGUGGUCAGCAGGUCAACCCACCUGGUAAUAACUUGUUAUCAUUGGAUUUUCAACUAUAUACCAAAAUGAUAAAGUUGAAUAUCUAAUAAAGCAAUUUGAUAGAGAAGGGUAGGUUGACAUACUGGACAUCGUACUCAGUUUUGAGGCAGGAAUACACAUACUGAGUGCAAUCCCUAAGCGGGGCUGAAGUAUUAAUAGCGAUACCAGAAUAUGUUCAAGAUUAAGUUUUCUUAACAUAAGAUUUAAGCAGCAUUUAUUACUUUUAUGCCCUUCCGAAAAAGGUUUUUCGUUUAGUUUUUAUUUGUGUUUACAAGAAGGAUUUUCACAAUGUAUUUUGUGCCUAACAAUUUGUAUCACACUAUUUUGUUAAAGUAAUUGAUUAUUUUAACAAAUGAUUUGCUGUAAUAUUUACUUACGUUUUUCACACCUAUGUUUAACGUUUUGAAAUGUAUAGUUAUGUAUGUAUAUGUAUUUUUGUUAGGUAGGUAUAUUUUAAUAAUUUAUAUAAUUUUAUGCGUUCUUAAUACUUUGACUGCUGACUGUCCUUAGCCGUCUAAAGUAAGGUCUGAAUUAAGUUUAUAUCACUGUAUUUCUCUGAUAUUAAAUAAUAUAGAAUUA